AUGGGCCCUGGCCCCCAGCCCUUAUCUCCUCCAGCCCCUGGGCUGUUUGCAGAGGAGAGUAUAAAGGGGCUGACUGGGAGAGCGGAGGGGGAGUAAAAGCAGCACUGGACCACACUGAGUGUCUGCUUGACUCACCACGUCCUGCUCUGUACCAUGGGGCUGAACGGGCUGCUUAUCAAAUCGAGCAUCUUCCUCCUCCUCUUCUUCCUUCCAGGAGACACCUCACCCAUCACAGAGCCGCAGUACAUGGUGCUGGUGCCCUAUCUGAUCCACACAGAUUCUCAAGAGAAAGUCUGCAUUCAGCUGACCCACCUGAACGAGUCUGUGACCCUGAGUGCCACACUCGAGUACCUAGGGGAGAACAGGAGCUUGAUUGAUGAUGUGGUGUCAGAGAAAGACGUGUUCACCUGCAUCCCUUUCUCUCUUCCAAAGCCAAGACUCCCAUUACCCUUCGUGUUUCUCACUGUGACAGUGAAGGGGGCCACGCUGCAGUUCAGCAGCCGCAAAUUCCUGGUGGUCCAGAACUCCGAGAGCUUGGUCUUCAUCCAGACAGACAAACCCAUCUACAAGCCUGGACAGACAGUCCUGUUCAGAAUUGUCUCUCUGGAUGAAGAGUUCCGACCUGUGAAUGAAAUGAUUCCACUGGUGUAUAUCGAGGACCCGAAGAAAAAUCGUCUGUACCAGUGGACAAAUGCAGAGUUAGAGAUGGGAUUUAUACAGCUGUUCUUCAACCUCACCUCUGAACCUAUCCAAGGCACCUACACUGUGGUGGCACAGAAGGCCUCUGGGAAGAAAGUUCAGCAUUCUUUCUCCGUGGAGGAGUAUGUGCUGCCAAAAUUUGAAGUGACAGUGAAAAUGCCCAAGGUGAUCAGCAUUCUUGAUGAGGAGCUGAAGGUGACAGUUUGUGGACUAUACACAUUUGGGAAGCCUGUUCCCGGCCUUGUGAACUUCCGUGUCUGCCGGAACUAUGAGCAUGGAUCCAUGUCCUGUUAUGGUGAAGAGUCUAGAGCAGUCUGUGAGGAGUUCUCUGGACAGACAGACAUCUAUGGCUGCAUUUCUGAAGUGGUAAAGACCAAAUUAUUCCAGCUCAAGAGACGUGGAUAUGAGAAUAAGCUCCGUGUAGAGGCUAAGAUUAAAGAGGAGGAUACAGGAGUGGAGUUGACUGGAACAAGCUUCUCUGAGAUCACAGCCACCAUUAGCAGGGUCAUAUUUGAGCGUUCAGAUACUUACUACAAGCGAGGAAUCCCCUUCUUUGGGCAGGUGAAACUAGUGGAUGGGUCUAAUGCUCCAAUUGCCAAUGAAACUGUGAGAAUUUCUCUUCAAGGAGGACAGGAACAAAACUAUACAACAAAUGAAGAGGGCGUUGCAGAGUUUGUCCUAAACACUUCCUCAUUGGCCUUGGAAAAUGUUGGAAUUAGGGCAGUUCAUAAAAACCACAUCUUCUGCUAUGAUCAUAACUGGGUUGUUCCAUCUUAUGGAGAACGUUAUCUGCAACUAAAGCGCUUUUACUCUCCCAGUAAUAGCUUCCUCAAAAUUGAGCCCAAGUCCAAGCCACUAAGCUGUGGCUCCACCACAGACAUCUGGGUGCAUUAUAUCCUUACUCCAGCAGCUGUAGGAGAGCAGAAGAAAAUCACCUUUUACUACCUGGUGAUGACCAAGGGAAACAUUAAGCAAGGAGGCACUCACAUUCUGGAUUUGGACCAGGAAAGUGACAAUGGUGCCUUCUCACUACAGCUGUCUGUACAAGCUGAUAUUGCUCCAGUGGCCCAAGUGCUGGUCUACACCACAGUCUCCAGCAAGGAGGUGAUUGCUGAUUCAGCCAAGUUCUACACAGAAUUAUGUUUCAACAAUAAGGUGGACUUAAGCUUCUCCCCUUCGGAAGGCCUGCCUUCCUCAGAUGCUCACUUGCAGUUCCAAGCCUCGCCGAACUCCCUCUGUGCUGUGCGUGCUGUGGACAAGAGUGUGCUCCUGAUGAAGCCAGAAGCUGACCUGUCACCCACCUCCGUGUAUGACUUACUUCCAGUGAAGGAAUUCCAUGGCUAUGUCUAUGAUUCAAGAGUACCCUUGGAGGAGUCCCCAUGGGAUUGCAUGACUGUGGAGCCAAUAGUUCAGGAUGGGAUCACCUAUGUUGCAGUAAUGGGGGCGAAUGAAGAGGACACUUACAGCAUCCUAAAGGAGAUGGGUUUAAAGGUUUUCACAAAUACCAACGUGAAGAAACCUCGGAUUUGCAGCCCGAGUAAUCACAUGUACUCUGCCCAUUUAUCAGCUGACCUAGGAGUACCUGCAGCCAGGGUUGCAGAACCCAUGUAUGCAAUGAGGGCAAGCGGCAUUCCAUCAGAGAGAAUUUCUAACCAAUUAAGCACUCCUGAAGAGGUGACAGAGACAGUCCGAAAGUAUUUCCCAGAAACCUGGAUUUGGAGUUUAGUACCUAUAAGCUCUGAGGGAAAAGCUGAUCUAGAAGUGACCAUCCCUGACACCAUCACUGAGUGGAAAGCCAAUGCAUUCUGCACUUCAGCAGACACAGGCUUUGGCCUGUCCCCAACAGUGUCCCUCAGAGCCUUCCAGCCCUUCUUUGUGGAGCUCACCAUGCCCUACUCUGUGGUGCGUGGGGAGUCCUUCACGCUGAAAGCCACCGUUUUCAACUACCUGCCUGCCUGCAUCAGGGUCAGUGUGACUCUGGCUCAGUCUACUCAUUUCCUGGCUACUCCGGUGGAAAAGGAGGAAGAAUCUCAUUGUCUCUGUGAGAAUGGGAGGAAAACCAUGGCUUGGCUGGUGACUCCCAAAUCUCUAGGGCAAGUGGAGUUCUCAGUGACCACUGAGGCCCUACAGAACCAGCAGCCCUGUGGGAACUACAUUGUGGAGACCCCUGAGAAAGGGAGGAAGGACACGGUCAUCAGGCAGCUGCUGGUGGAGCCUGAAGGAAUUGAGAAGGAAACAACCCAGAAUUCUGUGCUCUGUGUAAAAGGAGUGCCUGUGAAAGAGGAGUUUUCCCUAUUGCUACCUGAAAAUGUGGUACAAGACUCAGGCAGAGCAUAUUUCUCAGUGCUGGGUGACAUCAUGGGCACUGCCAUGCAGAACCUGCACCAGCUCCUCCAGAUGCCCUUUGGCUGUGGGGAGCAGAACAUGGUCCUGUUUGCCCCCAACAUCUAUGUCCUGGACUAUCUGAACAAGACAGGGCAGCUGAGUGAGGAGAUCAAAUCCAAGGCCACUGGAUACUUAGUGAGCGGUUAUCAGAGGCAGCUGAACUACAAGCACCAUGAUGGUUCUUACAGUACCUUUGGACAACGUUAUGGCCAACCAGGGAAUACCUGGCUCACAGCCUUUGUCCUCAAGUCCUUUGCCCAGGCCCGGCAUCACAUCUUCAUAGAGGAGAAGCACAUCCAGGAUGCUUUGAUCUGGCUGUCUUACAAACAGAAGGAGAACGGCUGUUUCCAGAGUUCUGGGACACUCCUGAACAACGCCAUGAAGGGUGGAGUGGACAACGAGGCCACGCUGACAGCCUACAUCACUAUCGCGUUGCUGGAGAUUCCCCUGCCCGUGACUCACUCAGUGGUGCGGAAUGCUCUGUUCUGCCUGGAAACAGCAGCAAAUCAGAAGGAAAACCAUGUGUACACCAAGGCACUGCUGGCAUACGCCUUUGCCCUGGCAGGGAAAAGGGACCAGCGGAAGGCAUUGCUUGACUCACUUGAAAAGGAAGCUGUGAGAAAGGAUGGCUCUGUUCACUGGCAGCGGCCUGGCAAGGAGCCCGAGGCUGAUCUCCCGUUCCAUCGCUACCGAGCUCCCUCUGCGGUGGAGAUGACGGCCUACGUGCUGCUGGCCCAGCUCACCUCGCAGCCAGCCCCUGCCCAGGAGGAGCUGGCUUCUGCAUCCCUCAUUGCAAAGUGGAUCAGCAGCCAGCAGAACCCCAAUGGAGGCUUCUCCUCUACCCAGGACACAGUGGUGGCUCAAGCCUUGUCCCUGUACGGAGCUGCCACCUAUGCCAAGAGCGGGCAGCUUCCAAAGUGGCCCUGCACUCUGGAGGGGGACUUCCAGCAAGACUUCCAAGUGGAUCCCAGCAACCGGCUGCUGCUCCAGCGCGUGCCCCUUGCCCAGGUGCCAGGGCAGUACAGCGUGGAGGUGUCUGGUGAAGGAUGCGUCUACCUGCAGACCAGCCUGAGGUACAAUGUGCAGCCCACAAAGGAGGAGGCGCCCUUCAUGCUUCAUGUGCACACAGUCCCGGAGGCCUGCGGGGACUCCACAGCUCACAAGGUCUUUGACGUUGCCAUAAUGUCAGGUGAUUACACAGGGGAGCGCAAUGUCUCCAACAUGGUGAUUGUGGAUGUGAAGAUGCUGUCAGGAUUUGUCCCCUUGAAGUCCUCAGUGAGGAAGCUGGAAGCCCACCCAGUUAUUGAGCGCACAGAGCUGAAUACAAACCAUGUUCUACUAUACCUGGAAAAGCUGGGCAGGGAGACCCUCAGCUUCUCCUUCACGGUGGAGCGGGACAUCCCCGUGCGGGGCCUGAAGCCAGCCCAGGUGAAGGUCUAUGACUACUACGAGACAGAUGAGUUUGCCACACAGGAAUACAAUGCUCCCUGCACCACAGCUGAGGCAGAACAAGGAAAUUCCUGAAGAAUGCAUCUUGUUGGAGCCUUGCUGUAUCAGCUCAUGUAUUUCUGCCCCUAGAAGAUCGUGUUAAGGGAGGGGUAUUGAAAAGCUAGAGGAGGACAUCUCAAAAGCGAAAAGGAAGCAACACUGUAAAUAAAUUAAUUCUUGAUUCUCA